AUGAGCUUGUCCUUCCUCCUCCUCUUCCUCAGCCACCUGAUCCUCAGCGUCUGGGCUCACGGGGAGAAACGCCUCGCCCCCAAAGGGCAACCCGGACCCGCUGUCACUGAUAGAAACCCAGGAGGCGCCAGGAGCAGCCGGAGCAGCAGUAGCACGACGUCUUCCUCCUCUUCCUCUGCCUCCUCCUCCCCCGCGGCUUCUCUGGGCAGCCAAGGAAGCGGCUUGGAGCAGAGCAGUUUCCAGUGGAGCCCCUCGGGUCGCCGGACCGGCAGCCUCUACUGCAGAGUGGGCAUUGGUUUCCAUCUGCAGAUCUACCCGGAUGGCAAAGUCAAUGGCUCCCACGAAGCCAAUAUGUUAAGUAUUUUGGAAAUAUUUGCUGUGUCUCAGGGGAUUGUAGGAAUACGAGGAGUUUUCAGCAACAAAUUUUUAGCGAUGUCAAAAAAAGGAAAACUCCAUGCAAGUGCCAAAUUUACAGAUGACUGCAAGUUCAGGGAGCGAUUUCAAGAAAACAGCUAUAAUACCUAUGCCUCAGCAAUACACAGAACCGAAAAAACGGGACGGGAAUGGUAUGUGGCCCUGAACAAAAGAGGGAAAGCUAAGCGAGGCUGCAGCCCCCGGGUUAAACCUCAGCACAUCUCUACCCACUUCCUGCCAAGAUUCAAGCAGUUGGAACAGCCAGAACUUUCUUUCACAGUAACUGUUCCUGAAAAGAAAAAGCCACCUAAUCCUAUCAAGCCAAAGGUUCCCUUUUCCACGCCUCGGAAGAGUCCCAACACAGUGAAAUACAGACUCAAGUUUCGUUUUGGAUAA